UUAAAAUGAAGAGAAAGCAUGUGAGCAUCCUUAGCUAUUAUACAUCUAGUUCUGUUGGUAGCACUCAAUCUAAACCUGAGCAUGUUGAACCUCAAGAUGAAACUCAAUCUGAACCUGAGCAUGUUGAACCUCAAGCUGAAACUGAGCAUGUUGAACCUCAAGAUGAACCUGAAUAUGAACAUGAACCUGAUCUCCAAAUUGUUGAGAGCAAUGCCACCACAUUUGAUGAGAGUACAAACCAACCAAGUCAGCUUAUUCAAGAAUUUCAUCCAAGUCAAAUUAUUCAUGAUCCAGGACUUAGAAUACCAAUAGAUGAUUAUGCCCCCGAAAUUAGAAGUGAUGUGAGAAGAGCUUAUUUGUUAAAUGGGCGAAACAAGGCUGUAGGGCAUAAAUUCAAGAAGACACAAGAUGGUAUUAUUUGGAGAUCAUUUCAGGCACAUUGGUUGGAUAAAUUUGAUUGGUUGGAAUACAGUGUGGCAAAGGAGGCUGCUUUUUGCUUCUAUUGCUAUCUUUUCAAGAAACCAUCACAUGCUUGCAGAUUUGGAAAUGAUGUUUUCACAAAAGAUGGUUACACUCGUUGGAAAACAGGUCUGGAUAAUUUUAAAAAGCAUGUUGGUGGUCUAUCUAGUCGCCACAACAUUGCUAGGGAUGAUUGUGAUGAUUUCAACAAUCAACGAGCAAGUGUGGCUACCAAAUUUCGUGUGUACAGCAAGGAGUCCGAGAUAUUAUAUAAAAUCCGUCUAACUGCAUCAUUAGAUUGUGCAAGGUAUCUCAUAGCACAAGGGGAGGCUUUUCGUGGGCAUGAUGAAUCCUCCACUUCCAUCAACAAGGGCAAUUUCUUGGAGUUAUUGGACUGGUACAAGAACAAGAAGGAUGAUGUGAAGGAGGCAUUUGACAAGGGGCAAGGAAAUGCACAAAUGAUUUGUUCGGACAUCCAAAAGGACCUUGCUGCAUGUUGCGCAAUGGAGGUGACCAAGGUUAUUAAGGAUGCCAUUGGAGAUAAAAAGUUCUCAAUUCUUAUUGAUGAGGCUAGAGAUUGCUCAAUAAAGGAGCAAAUGGCAGUGAUUGUGAGAUUUGUAGAUGAUCAUGGGUUGCUACAAGAGAGAUUUCUUAUGAUUAAGCACAUCACAGAUUGUACAUCUGCUGGAAUUAAAGAAGCUUUCCUUGCUGUGUUGGAUUAUCAUGAUUUGCCAAUCUGUAGGCUACGUGGACAGGGCUAUGAUGGAGCUUCUAAUAUGAGAGGAGAAUUCAAUGGUUUGCAAAAAUUGGUUAGAGAUGAAGCUCCAUAUGCAUUUUAUGUUCAUUGCUUUGCUCACCAGUUGCAGUUGGUGGUUGUCACUGUUGCUCAAUGUAGUCCUGCUAUUGCUAAUUUCUUCAACAUUAUUCCCUUGAUAGUGACUCAAGUUGGUUCAUCUUGCAAGAGAAAAGAUGCAUUACUUGCAAAACACCAGGAUGAAUUGUUAGAGUUGUUGGAGAAUGGGAUGAUUUCAGUUGGAACCGGGCUGCAUCAAGAGUCUAGCAUAACAAGACCAGGAGACACUCGGUGGGGCUCACACUUGAGAACCUUGCUUCGCAUAUUCACAAUGUGGAAGGCCGUGGUUGGUGUUCUAGGAAUUAUAGUGAUUGAUGCUCGGGAACAUACAUGUCAAGGUGGGGCUUUUGGUUUGCUUAUUAAGAUGCAAUGCUUUGAAUUUGUGUUCAUCAUGUUGCUCUUAAUAAACAUGUUAAACACCACAAAUCAGCUCUCACUAGCUUUGCAAAGGAAGAAUCAAAAUAUUGUUGAAGCCAUGCGUUUGGUCUUGGAUGUGAAAGAAAGUUUGCAAGGGAUGAGGGACAAUGGGUUGGAUUCUUUAUUCAGCCAAGCCAAGAGCUUUUGUGAGACACAUGAGAUUGAAGUGCCAAAUAUGGAUGAUCAUGUUGGAUCUUUGGGUCAAACUGUUCGCACCACCAAGAACACGACGACUCGACUCCACUAUUACAAGGUUAGCAUAUUCAAUGUUGCCAUUGAUGCAACUCUCGCUGAAAUGAAUCAUCGAUUCAAUGAAGUUUCCACCGAGUUACUUGAUUGUAUGGCCUGUCUUAGUCCAGCAAACAACUUCUCAAAGUUUAAUGUUGACAAACUUAUUCGGCUUGCUGAAAUUUAUGCUGAGGACUUCACAGAAGCGGACAGGUUGUUGCUAAGAAUUGACCUCCCAAGAUUUCUUAUGAACAUUGGGAGAAGUGAAGAAUUUAAUGGAUGUCAAAAUCUGUCCACACUUGCUCAGUUGAUGGUUCAAACAACAAAACACACAUAUUUCUCAUUGGUGUAUCGUCUCAUUGAGUUGGCUCUCAUUCUUCCUGUGGCAACUGCAUCAGUUGAACGCAUAUUUUCAGCAAUGAAGAUUAUUAAAACAGAUUUGCGCAAUAAGGUGUCCGAUGAAUGGCUAAAUGAUUUAAUGGUGUGCUACUGUGAGAAAGAGAUAUUCAGAAGCAUUCAUGAUGAUCAGAUCAUUAUACAGUUUCAGAAAUUGAGGGAUCGUAGAGGACAUCUACCGCGCGAGUAUAAUGUGAUUUCUUAGAGGUACAUGUCUGUUUACUAGUUUCAUUAGAGUUCACUUUGUCUUUUUGUUGUUGCUUCUCUAGUACUGGAUAGUCUGGAUGUAUUAGUGUGUGAUUUGUAUGCUUUUAACCUGAA